AAAAAGACAGGCUUUAUUGAAAUGACAUCACUGGCGCUCGCAGCGAAUCCCGACUGCACGCCUUGAUUGGACGGCACUGCACAGAGAGGCACGAGAUGUUUUUUUUUUUUGUCGUUUUCUGGAUAAUGCCCGUGUCUUUGGAUAUAUCACCCCCCACCACCCAACGGCGCCCCGCCCGCUUUCAAUAGCAUUUGGAAUCAGUCUCUCAGACCGCAGUUAUUUGAACGGGUUCAUGUGAACUUUUUGGAUUCGAGCGUCGGAGAAAAAGACGAGAGCAGAGUGUUUUCGUUGGUGGACUCCUACAGCUUGACUACAUCGCUGGCAGGUUGAGCGAAGCCGCAAGACACUACAAUAAGGGCGUCCAGCCCGUAGGUCAGAGGUCAUGAAGCCUGACGAGGUCAGCCCGGCAUCGGAGGAGCCAAUGGAAGAACAGGGGGAGGAGCAUGUGACCACACCCCUUGAGCAGGAAGCUGAGCAUCUGGCACAGGGGGAGGGGCAUAUCACAAAUAAGGAAGUGUCGAAGCCACAGGGGGAGGGGCAAGAACAGAGUUCCGCUAAAGCUCCGCCUCCAACCAAAGACCCUGCCACAAAUCAGACGGCGGCACAGGGUCCUGCUAAGAAGAAAGCUGGCGUUGCCAUGGCGAAGGUAGCCCCGACACAGCGUGCCGUGGCGUCCUCUAAGUGCCCGCCCCCAGAGCAGGCGGCCCGAGGGAGGGAGGCCACGUCGCCCACGGCGUCAGGUCCACUACCCCGCGGCAACCAGCGAGUGGCGUGUGUGGCCUCCAGGGGUCCCUGCCUCUCGUCCCACUUCCACAGCGGCGUCUGGGAGAGCAGCUGCCGUAGCGACGAGGCCGCCUGGCGCUUCAGCUCCCUCUGGCGGUAG